CCAGAAACAGGACGUUGCGUCUAAUCUGAGAAUCUGCAGAUUGCUGAACAUGAAUAAACCUGUGUAGCUUCUGACACCACCUAACAAAAUAUACGGUGUCUCUGUCCUCCAUACCCGCUGAGAGCACGAACAGCUGGACGUAAACAGGGUCCAUCACACUCACUCAAGUUUCUCCCUUCAUCCACUCAUCAUGGUGGACUACUACAAGGUGUUAGGUGUGCGGAGAGACUCAUCUGCAGACGACAUCAAGAAAGCCUACAGAAAGCUGGCGCUGAGGUGGCACCCUGAUAAAAACCCCGACAACAAGGAGGAGGCUGAGAAGAAGUUCAAGGAGCUGUCCGAGGCGUAUGAAGUCUUGUCUGAUGCCAACAAGAGGAGCAUAUAUGAUCGUUAUGGCAAGGAGGGACUGACGGGCAGCAACGGAGGGAGAGGGGGCCAUUUCCACAACGGAGAUCAUUUCCACGAACCGUUCACAUUCCGCAACCCAGAUGACGUCUUCAGGGAAUUCUUCGGAGGCAGUGACCCAUUCGCAGACUUUUUUGGUGCAGAUCCAUUUAGUGAUGAUCCGUUUUUCGGCAGCGGCCGGCGGCACCAGAGUCGAGCAAACCGCAGUCACCGGACAGGUGGCUCGUUUUUCGGGGGCUUUGUCGGUUUUCCUCCAUUUGGUGCUGGCUUCUCACCAUUUGAUCCAGGAUUCAGUUCUUUCAGCUCCAUGAGCCCCAUGGGUCACAUGGGUCACAUGGGUCACAUGACAACCAUGGGCAGUCUUGGAGGUGGAGGCUUCACCUCUUUUUCAUCCACCUCUUUUGGGGGAGGAGGUGGAGGAGGGAUGGGCAACUUCCGCUCUGUGUCCACCUCCACCAAGAUCAUCAACGGCAGGAAGAUCACCACUAAAAGGAUUGUGGAGAACGGUCAGGAGCGGGUGGAGGUGGAGGAGGACGGGCAGCUGCGGUCUUUAACCAUUAACGGUAAGGAGCAGCUGCUGCGACUGGAACACAAGUAACGACAGACGCAUGGUCUGCUGCAGAAGUGUUACCUCAGCACAAACAUACCAACAAACUUGAGCUCCAAACAGAAGGAGAAAAAAAAGCAACAAAACAAUGUAAUAAUAGUGCUCUACUGUUGUUUGGAUGUACAUACUUAGGUUGUGUUGAUUUCCCUCCUCAUGUCCUCUCCCUGCUGACUUUCAUUUGUUAACCGAUGAUUCAAAUUGGAGGGAUUUGGAUGCAGACUUUUCUAUGCAUUUUGUUAAUGUAUUUCUCAAUUGGAGCUGUCCUUAUAUUUUGGCUCAGGGUGGUGUUAUUGUUUCAGUGUUUGGGACCACAGUAUUGUUCUGAUGUGUAUGACCAGACCCCUCCUCCCAUGACUUUCUGUAUGCACUCCACUGUGUGUCGGUGUGUGUGUGCAGGCGACACACACUGUGUUCAGAAAACAAAGCAUGACUUUGCUUUUUUCAUCUGAAUAGUAAAAAAACAAAAGUGUUGAUUUGGCUUUUAAAAAGUGAGUAGAAUAACUGAUGCUUCUUCCGCCUCUCUGUUUACUGCUUGUCUAACCUCUUCUUAGUAAUAAUUCUUUUUUAUUAAAAAAAAUUAAAAUGCUGUUAGGAUGAGUUAUGCAAUUUUAUAUGUUCUAAUA